ACCCCAUUAUUACUUGCACCUAUUUUUUUUUCCCAAAGAUUGCGUAGAGAACAACAGAAACAGCCUCAAAGCCUCCUUUCUCUUCCAAAUCCUCACUUCAGUUUAUAUAUAUAUAAAAAAGAAAGAGAAAUCUAAGAAGAAAAGAAUGGAAGGCUGCUCCAAGAAUAAUUAUAAUAACAACAAGAUGAUGAUGAGCAGCUCAAGAAAAGAAGAUCUUUUUCAUGUCAUUCAUAAAGUUCCUCAGGGUGAUACUCCUUAUGUUAAAGCCAAACAUGCUCAGCUGGUACAAAAGGAUCCAGAAGCGGCCAUUGUACUAUUUUGGAAGGCAAUAAAUGCCGGGGAUAGAGUAGACAGUGCACUAAAGGACAUGGCCGUGGUGAUGAAGCAACUAAACAGAAGCGAAGAAGCCAUCGAGGCUGUCAAGUCUUUCAGGGGCCGUUGCUCAAAUCAAGCACAGGAGUCACUUGACAAUGUUCUCAUUGACUUGUACAAGAAAUGUGGGAAAGUAGACGAGCAGAUUGGCUUAUUAAAACGAAAGCUAAGAUUAAUAUACCAGGGAGAGAUCUUCAAUGGAAAACCGACCAAGACGGCACGCUCCCAUGGAAAGAAGUUUCAAGUUUCUGUAAAGCAAGAAACUUCAAGAUUACUGGGAAAUUUGGGGUGGGCUUACAUGCAGAAAUCAAACUACCUGACAGCUGAGGUGGUGUAUCGAAAAGCCCAGAUGAUCGACCCUGACGCCAACAAGGCUUGCAACUUGGGCCUUUGCCUGAUCAAGCAAGGCAGGUAUGAUGAUGCACGUUCAGUCCUGGAAGAUAUAUUGCAAGACAAACUUCCAGGUUCUGAAGACAUUAAAGCCAGGAACAGAGCUGAGGAAUUGUUGAUGGAACUUAAAGCCUUUCAGCCACCAAUGGAAUUAUCAGAUAUUCUGGGCCUUGAUGAUGAUUUUGUCAAUGGGAUUGAGCUAUUGGUGAAUGAAUGGGCCCCACUUAGAACAAAGAGAUUACCCAUUUUUGAAGAGAUCUCCACGUUUCGAGAUAAAUUGUCUUGUUAAUAAUAAUAAUUGUUCUUUUGGGUGUUCAAAAGGGUGUUUUGUGCUAUAGAAUUGGAGAAGAGGGGGGGGGGGGGGGGUUUCAG